AUGGGAUAAUGUGUAUGUUCUGAAUAAAUUACUGUUCUAAGCGAGGCCCCUCCACUGACAUUUACUAGUAAAAUUGAGACCAUUCGGGAAGUUGGAGCUCUUCCAGAUGAACCUUUAAUUCAAGGAGAUUUAGAGAAGAAUUUAUCAUAAACCAAAACUAGAUAAUUGGAUGAUUCCUUACUAUUAGAAAUUCAUAGACCUGAUGUUAAAGAAGCUAAAUUAACAUCUUAAUUGUUCUAGACAACCUCAUUCAAAGUCAAAGUACGAGAUGAUUUUAAUGCAGGAACUAUUAGAUAGAUUGGCCCCUUUUGAAGUAGAAGACUCGGAAGCAUAUUUUUAUGGAGUGUAUGAAUUAAAUAAUGGGAGUUUAUAUCAAGGAGGAUGGUUAGAAGGUCAAAAAAAUGGAAAAGGUAAAAUUCAGUUAUUUAAUAAAAAGGAGUUUAAAUCAUGAAAAAUGGAUCAAUAUAUGAAGGUUAAUUUUCUCGAGGAAUGGCAAAUGGAAAGGGUAGAAUGAUUUAUGCCGAUGGUGAUUAUUAUAUAGGAUAAUGGUGUGAUGAUCAACAUUACGGAUAUGGUGAGUAUUAUCAUGGAGAUGGUGCCAUGUAUAAAGGAGACUGGUUCGAAAAUUUAUAAAAUGGAUAGGGAUUCGAAUUUUUCUCUGAUAAAUCUAGUUAUACAGGUUAAUUUAAAUUAGGAAAACGUGAAGGAUAUGGAGUAUAUAAAUUCCCAGAUGGUUCUCUUUAUGAAGGUUCGUUUAAAAAUAACUAAUUUAAUGGAUAAGGGUAAUUAUAAUUGAUAUAUUUUAGUACUUAUACUUGGAAUGAUGGUAGAAAAUAUGAAGGAGAGUGGCUAAACGAUUAAAUGGAUGGAAAGGGUAAAAUGACAUGGGCAGAUGGUACUAUAUAUUAAGGGGAAUAUAAGAAUGAUAAAAAACAUGGAUUUGGAACUUUGACAUGGCGUAAUCAUAAUAGUAAUUUAGUUAGCUGAUUCUCGAUAAUAUUCUGGAUAAUGGGAAUAUGGUAAAUAACAUGGAAUUGGUGAAUAUACUAAUUCUUAAUAAGGAAAGAGGAAAGGAUAAUGGGUGAAUGGAAAAAGAAUGUAAUGGUGUGAUUGAUUUAAUAUUUAAUUAAAUGAGUGAUCUUCAUACAUCAUUAUUAAACAAUAAUAUCUCCUUUGAUUAGUUAUAUGAGGUACCUAAUCAUAUUGUAUCUUAGAAAGUGAAAGCACAACUUAUAGAUUACUAACAAAGCGUUGAUGAAUUACAGGUAUCUGGGGAAUCAGAAAUUGAUUAACAUAAUGUCAAUCAAGUGUUUCUACAAUUGAAAGCUAUCUAAUUAGAGCAUAUGGACAUUAAAGAAAACAUCAUUAAAUUGGAGCAAGUACUUUAAACAAUAACUCAAAGUCAUCUAGGGGAGUUGAGCAACGAAAUAAAACCAAGAAAUUAAGAGAUUUGUACACUAGUCAUCUUUAAAGACAUCAACAGUUAUAUAAAAAUAUGAUUAAUGAUUGUGGAUAUGAAUCUUUAAAGGAAGUGUUAAAGGAUAUUGAAAGAAUGAUGAAAAUGACAUCGAAAUAAGAUGUAUAAAAUUUUACAUUGAAUCAUUCUUCCAAUAAUCAAUAAAAUGUUUAAAAUGCCUAAUAAUUGUAAAUGAUGGAUGUAUAGACAUUUGAACAAUUUGACCACAUUGAAUGGCACAAUUAAAUCAUUAAAUAAAACUAAGAAGAAAUAGAUUAAAUCUAAUAUAAGACAUAAACAAUUAAUAAAAUUGUUCAAGAUUUAGCAUUGGAAAUAGAACAUUAAGAUACCUAUUUUGAUGUAAUAGAAACAAAUGUCACAACAACAAAAGAGAAUGUUAUCAAAACAUAAGAAUAAUUAAGUAAAACAUAAGAAUAACAGAAAACUGGUAAAAAGAAGUUAUGGUGCAUGUUAAUUUGUGCUUUUGUUGCAUUCUUAGUUUUGUUAUUAAUUUUGUUAUUGUGA